AUGGGAAACGACACGAAACGAUACCCGGCAUUUGGGAGGAUAUUAAUUCACGCUUCAACUUGUCUCUCACUACCUGCAGCUGAUCAAUCCGCAUUCCAAAUAUAG